AUGCUGCAGGUUAGAGACAGUGAACACAAAAGCAGCAGCGGUGGAAGAGCAAAAGUGCUUGGUACAGUAGUAUGCCUUGGAGGUGCUAUCUUGAUGACCUUUUACAGAGGAAUGCCUUUAUUUAGCUCUUCACAGCCACAAGGUGCAAUUCAAACUGUUGAUCAAGCCCUCAUAUUUAGCUUAGCUAAAAGGAAAGAGAGAUGGACUAUUGGUUCAAUAGCUUUGAUCGCCGGAACACUGUUGUGGUCUUCAUGGUUCCUUCUUCUUCAAUCAAAUAUUGCUAGGAGUUAUCCAUGCCAAUGCUCCAGCACUGCUAUCAUGGCCUUUUUUGGCGCCAUUCAAUCAGCUAUCUUAAGUUUCUGCAUAGACAGAAACCUUGCCCUGUGGGUUUUGAAGGGAAAAACAGAGAUCUUGAGUCUUCUGUAUGCUGUAAGGAAUGGUAGGAUCAGGGUUGUGUAUUGUGGGGAUGGCGUGGUGUGUCAAGAAACAGGGUCCCGUCUUCACAGCAGCAUUCAGCCCCUGGUUCAGAUAAUGGCAGCCAUGUUCGAAGUCCCCAUCCUACAUGAAGAAAUCCAUCUUGGGAGCUUAUUAGGAUCUAUCGUUGUAAUAGUUGGGUUAUACGCCCUGCUGUGGGGGAAGAACAAAGAAAUGCCAAAGUGUGAGCCAAAUGUAGCCCAUCAAACUGAGGAGAUUAAGGACCAAGAGCCACAGUUUCAAGUCGUUGAAAUCAGUUGUGAUUCUAGGCCUCCGUGA